AUGGUUAAGCGAGUCGCCGAAGAGCAAAUUACAAAAGACGAGCUUUCUGAAGGGGAUCACUUCGAUCCCCCUGUCGUUGCAUCAGCUGAAGUACUUGCCAAGAGGCGAAUAUUGCAACCAAAAGGCAAGCAAUUACAAUUUCGGCCUAUAAGCACGGGCUCAUUUUCACCAGUUAAUUCAUCCCAAACUUGUUACAAAGAAAAAGUCUUGGCUCUCAACAAACAAUUCAGUCUAUCAGUUUCUAAAGCAAUUGAUAAUGGUGUACUUGACCUUGGACCUCUUCUUACGAGGUAUUCCGAGUAUUUCAACAAGAUCGAGUCUGUAGAACUGAAGCGGCCAUCCACUCAGAAUUUAAAAUCUGGCUCUCAAGCUAACUGUGACAUCAGAGAAAGUGAUACAGUAUCAUCAAAGGAAGCUAUAUCAAGAGGUUCACAUGAGACAGAGGCUUCGCCGUCAACUAAUGAUGACAAGGGUGCCUCUUUAAUAUCAACAGAUGAGGUAAAUCACGGAACAAAUGAGUCAAACAAAUUAAAUCAGAGUUCGGAGAACCCUAUUCAGAUGCAAAACUCAGAAAUUCAAGACAUUGAUGAAGUCACCUUUCAACCGGUUGCCUCAUUGCCUAACAAGUUGGACUCCGUGGUAACUGGUGAAGAGCACGAGACAACCUUGUUUAGUGUAAGAUGCAAAGUUCUUUCGCUAGAUCCACAAAAUCAGGAUGAGCCGUACAAGAAUGUUGGUCUAGGAGAGCUUAAGGUCCUCAAGGGGGACAAUAAAAAAUCUCGUAUAUUAGUCCGUGCAGAGGGAAGUCAAAGGGUUUUGCUCAACAGCUUCUUGUUGCCGCAGGUUUCAUAUUCGACUGUUGGCAAGGGCAUGAGCGUUAGAGUACCGGCGACGAGCUCUGAUGGAAGUCUUGUAACCUAUAUCAUUCGGGUCAAGGACCGAACACUUGCUGAAGAGUUGCGCGAUUUAUUGAAUAAUGAAAAGUAG